AUGUUUAAGAAAGCGAAAGAUAUUGUAUCGGAUGCUGCAGAUACGAUUAAGAAGACAGCAGACAAAGCAUAUCAUCAAGUGAAAAAGGGUGAUGAUAAAUGCAAGGAAGGUGUUCAAAAUGCAAAAAGUGCAGCAGGUGAAAUGGUUGAAAAAGCUGGCGAAUUACUUGAGGAAAGCGGUGAGAAGAUCAAAGAGAUUGGAAAGAAACUAUAA